AUGUCAUUCAUCAUUUAUGAAGCUCAAGCAGGAUUCAUUCAUGGUAGAAAGAUUGCUGACAAUGUCAUCCUAGCUCAUGAGCUAGUCAAAUCUUACACUAGAGCUCAGAUAUCUCCUAAGUGUAUGAUAAAGAUUGAUCUCCAAAAAGCUUAUGACUCAGUAGAAUGGAUCGUCCCACAACAGGUGAUGGAGGAGCUUGGUUUUCCUGAUAGGUUUAUCAAGUGGAUAAUAGAAUGCAUCAAGACAAUCAACUAUACUAUCCUUGUGAAUGGAGAAACCACAGAACCUUUCAAUGCUGCUAAGGUGAUGGAGUAUUUGAGCAGAUCCCUGCAUGAGCUUAAGAAGGAACCUACGUUCCAGUAUCACCCAAGGUGUAGGAAACUGGACAUAACUCAUAUGAGUUUUGUUGAUGAUCUCUUGUUAUUUGCUAAAGCCAAGAUCUCUUCCUGGACUGCUAAAAAGCUAUCCUAUGCUGGUCGUGUGCAGUUGGUUCAAUCUGUUAUUUUUGGUAUUCAAGCUUAUUGGGCUCAAUUUUUCAUCUUUCCUGAUAAGCCAAGAAGACUCCAAUCAGGCCUCAGAAAUCAGGGGAUAUUUGGACCUCAGCCAACUUUUCUUCUUGGAAACAUAUUGGAUAUCAAAAAAUCACGUAAGGCUGCUGCUUUCAAUGGAGAUUUAGACUCCCAUAACUGUGGAGCAGCUCUUCUGCCUUUCUUUGAUCAAUGGCAGAAACAAUACGGUGAUGUAUUCAUGUUUUCUCUUGGCAACACACUAAUAAUGCAUGUGACACAACCAGAAAUGGUAAGAGAGAUUACUACUUGCACAUCCCUUGACUUGGGUAAGCCAACCUAUCAAGCUAAAGAGAGGGGUCCUUUGCUAGGCAAUGGAAUCCUAACUUCAAAUGGACCUUUUUGGGCACAUCAAAGAAAGAUUCUUGCUCCCGAGUUAUAUUUGGAAAAAGUUAAGGGAAUGAUAAAUUUAAUACAAGAUUCUGCAUUAACAUUGUUAAGUACAUGGAAUAAUCAAAUUGAAGCUCAAGGUGGGAUUGGUGACAUCAAAAUUGAUCCGGACAUGAGAAGUUUUUCUGGAGAUGUAAUUUCUAAAGCAUGUUUUGGAAGCAAUUUUUCAAAAGGAAAAGAGAUUUUCUUUAAGCUCAGAGCUCUCCAGGAAGCUGCUUCCAAAAGGGUCCUGACUACUGGAAUUCCAGGCAUAAGGUAUCUUCCUACCAAGAACAACAGGGAGACAUGGACCUUAGAGAAAGAAAUCAAAGAAUUAAUCUUGAAAAUAGUGAAGGAAAGAAGGGAAGCUGGAUCUGAAAAAGAUUUACUACAAAUGGUUAUUGAAGGAGCCAGAAACAGUGAACAAAUUAGCAAUGAUGCAUUCAUUGAUCAUUUCAUAGUUGAUAAUUGCAAAAACAUAUACUUGGCUGGUUAUGAAACCACUGCUGUUGCAGCUACAUGGUGUCUCAUGCUUUUGGCUGCAAAUCCAAAUUGGCAACAACGUAUUCGUGCUGAGGUCCUACAAAUUUGUAUGGGCCGAAUUCCUGAUGCUGACAUGAUUCGAAAGAUGAAACAGUUAACAAUGGCUAUUAACGAAUCAUUGCGUCUUUAUCCACCAGUAGCAGUGGUAUCAAGGGAAGCCUUAAAGGAAAUUAAAUUUGGAGGUAUUAAUGUGCCUAAGGGGGUCAAUAUUUGGACAAUAGUGACAAAAUUACACACUGAUCCAAAAAUAUGGGGAAGAGAUUCUUACAAAUUUAAUCCAGAAAGAUUUGCAAAUGGAAUUAAAGGUGCAUGUAAAUUUCCACAUGUUUAUAUGCCUUUUGGUGUUGGACCAAGGGUGUGUUUGGGACAAAAUUUGGCUAUGAUGGAACUUAAAAUACUCAUUUCUUUAAUUUUGACCAAAUUUUCUUUCUCUAUUUCCCCAAAAUAUAUUCAUUCUCCUGCUCUGAAUUUGGUUAUUGAGCCUGGAAAUGGUGUGUAUCUAUCAGUGAAGAAGCUGUGA